AUGAGAUUUACUAAGCGAGAGUUUGCUAUGAUGGUUCUUGGAAUUGUGGUUUACAUAGCUGAUGUUGGAGCAGAUCUUUGGGUAGCAAAGAAUUAUUUCUGCGAGGGGCAGUAUCUCUGGUGUAUCUUGACAUUGGCCACAGGACUUCUUUCAUCAACAGUUGUCCAGUUUUUCAGUUACACUUGGUUUAAAGAAGACAAUGCUGACAGCCUGAGAUGGAUUUUUCUAUUACAUUUGGUACCUGGUGGAAUAUUUACAAGGUAUUGGUUUGCACUGAAAUGUUGCUACCAGGCUACAUGUAAAAAAGAAAAUAUAUUGAUUGAUGGCCCCACCAGCGUCAUUCAUAAGACAGCCAUUGAUGCAAUGACUGAUAUAAGUAUGCUCCGACUAUUUAAGGCGUUUCUGGAAAGCACACCCCAGCUUAUUCUUCAGAUUUACAUCCUGAUGACAUCUGACAAUUCUGCCUUCAGUCAGUAUGUUUCUAUUGCUAUGUCUUUCACCAGCAUUUCCUGUACAACUGUGGACUAUCAGAUAGCUCUACGAAAAUCCCUGCCUGAUAAAAAUAAAUUCUCUGUAAUACUAUCCAAAAUAAUGUAUCUGUUGUAUAAACUGUUCACUUUGAUUUCUUGGAUACUCAGCAUCACACUGGUCACAAUACUGAGCACCAAAAGUUCUAUCAUUUUACUUGGGUUUCUUUGGUUUGGGGGCAUGUGUUGGGUGCUGAAGCAACACACAGCAUUUUGUAGAUCUAAAGCAGCAGAAAUUAUCUACAGGAUUAUUGUGGGAAUCAUUCUUAUUUUUACCUUUUUUAAUAUCAAGGGACAAAAGACAAAAAUCCCCCUGUCUGUUUAUUAUGCUGCUCGGGUAUUUAUAACCUUAGCUAUACUGGGUGCUUGUGUGUUCUGGAAGUCAUUGUUUAAUGGGAAAGUAGUUUUAUCAUCUGUAAUCACUGCAGUUAUCACCCUAGUACUGGGUAUUAUUUUUCUUUUUGUUUAUUAUCAGUUUUUUCAUCCUAGAAUUUAUUACACACAAGAUGUAGUUGAUGGACCAGGAGGUGAAAGAAAAGAAACCUGUAGAAUGAUGGGAUUCCUGAUGCAAUAA